AUGCCUCCUGAUCAGAGAAAAAAGUCAUCUGUAGAUGUAGAUUUCUUUACAGAAUAUGGUGAAGGGAGUAGAUACAUGAUAGAGGAAGUGAUUGGUAAAGGAAGCUAUGGUGUGGUUUGUUCUGCGUAUGAUACACACACUGGCGAGAAGGUUGCGAUAAAGAAAAUUACUGAUAUAUUCGAACAUGUUUCUGAUGCUACGCGUAUUUUGCGUGAGAUCAAGCUUCUUAGAUUAUUAAGGCAUCCUGAUAUUGUGGAUAUUAAACAUAUUUUGUUACCGCCUUCUAGAAGGGAGUUUAAAGAUAUAUAUGUUGUUUUUGAACUUAUGGAGUCGGAUUUACAUCAAGUUAUUAAGGCGAAUGAUGAUUUGACGCCUGAGCAUUACCAGUUUUUUCUCUAUCAGCUUCUUCGAGGAUUGAAGUAUAUACACACAGCAAAUGUUUUUCAUCGUGAUCUAAAGCCGAAAAACAUUUUAGCAAAUGCUGACUGCAAACUGAAGAUUUGCGAUUUCGGUCUUGCUAGAGUAGCUUUCAAUGAUACACCCACUGCUAUAUUCUGGACAGAUUAUAUUGCGACAAGGUGGUAUAGGGCUCCUGAGUUGUGUGGAUCCUUUUUCUCCAAGUAUACGCCAGCUAUAGACAUAUGGAGCAUUGGCUGCAUUUUCGCCGAACUUUUAACUGGAAAGCCUCUUUUUCCCGGGAAGAAUGUUGUCCAUCAAUUGGAUCUCAUGACCGACUUCCUUGGAACACCAUCUCCUGAAGCCAUUGCUAGGAUACGAAAUGAGAAGGCUCGGAGAUACUUGAGCAGCAUGCGUAAGAAGAAGCCGGUUCCUUUGUAUCAAAAGUUUCCUAAUGCAGACCCCCUUGCUCUCCAUGUGUUGGAAAGAAUGUUGGCCUUUGAUCCUAAGGAUCGACCUACUGCUGAAGAGGCUCUAGCGGAUCCAUAUUUUAAGGGCUUGGCCAAGUUUGAGAGAGAGCCUUGUGCACAGCCAGUUAGCAAGAUGGAAUUUGAAUUUGAGAGACGCAGGGUUACAAAGGAAGAUGUGCGAGAGCUUAUAUACAGAGAGAUUCUGGAGUACCAUCCGAAGAUGUUAAAGGAACAUCUAGAAGGAGCAGAGCCAACAGGAUUCAUGUAUCCAAGUGCUGUGGACCACUUCAAGAAACAAUUUGCAUACCUCGAGGAGCAUUAUGGGAAAGGUGGUACUAUUAGUCCACUUGACAGACAACAUGCAUCAUUACCCAGGCAGCGUAUGAUGUAUUCAGACGACUCUAGACAGAAUAUGGCUGAGGUUGCAGCAGAAGAUCUCUCCAAGUGCAGCAUCAAAGAAGUUGAGAAGCCGACCAUUGAUAGGACAGGCGGUGUUGCUAUGAACAGGCUUCCUUUACAAGCUCCUCAAAGUAUUCAAGAUGUCAUGACCAAUCGAAAUGUUGCGCCACGGCCCAGAAAAGAUGCGAGUUCCGUAUUGCACUACAAUUGUGGGGUAGCAGGGACUGACCAACGGAAGACAGUUAGAAAUCCAUCUGUUUCUUCUCAGUAUGCUGCUUCUAGCCGUUCAUAUCCUAAAAGAAAUCCAAGCUGUAAAAAUGACAGAGGAGAAGAUGGGAUUGAAGGUUCUAAUGGACUUCAGACGAAGCCUCAAUACAUAGCAAGAAAAGUUGCUGCUGCUCCAGGUGGAGCCGGAAGUAACUGGUAG